AUGAAGCGCCCAUGUGCGAAGAAGCACCUGAAGAAGCCCGCUGCGACCACACGCUGGAAAUGCAAAGCGAGCUUGAGCAGAAGUUCGCUGGAUAGAGAUGGUGUGAAGGAGGAGAUCCGCAAGUGGGCUUCUCAGGUCUUGGAGCUGAUCGCCACCGACGCGGACAAGCACACGAUGGAUCGUGUGUACGGAGGGCGCAAGGAUUCGCUCUUGGCCGGUCACAAGAUGUUCAUCCAGGAGUACUUGGGACAGAAUACCUCUUAUCGCAUGCAGCAGCUGGUUGAGAUGUUGCGAGAGAAGUUUCCAGACCUCGAGGUCACAGACAAGUUGGAGACAAAGUUGAAGACAUACAUUGACAAUUGGAAGAAGCGGCAUCGCCAGGAUGCCCGCGUGGCCAAGCGUGAGGACUGGGUGACGGCUGAUUUCCAGUGCUUGGUGCGGGAGCUUCCGGCUUUGGAAGAUGCUGUUGUCUCUGACGAGCUGGUGUUGGUGGAUCACAGAAUAGAUGAGCAAUUAUGCCUGGUCUUUGCGUGUCCGAAGCUGGUGCAAGAGACUGCAAAGAGAGUGGCGAAUUGGCAGUGGCUGAAAGUGUGCGCCGAUGGAACGUACAGAAUGGUUCAAGGAGACUAUGUGGUUGUGUCGGCAGGGUUUCUGUCCAAGACCUUUGGCAGACAUGCGCACCCUGGCGAGCCUGAGGAAGGAUUCACGACGCAGUUCAAUGAGUUGGUGCUGGCCAUUGCGCAUAAGGAGAACACAGAAGUGUAUUCGUUGCUCUUCUCUGCUUUGGUGAACGUGGUGGCUCAGUUCGGUGAG